UACUCCGUCAGCAUACGUUCCUUUUUUACCAUUUACUAAGUCAGAUAUUCCGUUUAACAAGGUCGCUUAUUUGAUCUUGCAAAAAUAAGUAAAACUUUCUUUUCACAUAAAAAAGAAGAAAGAAAAGACAUGAGUUUUGCUUAUCUAUUACGAAAUUCGAGGGCCGCAUCUUUGACAAAAUGUUUUCAAGAGUCUAAUACAUCCACGGCAAACAGCCUGUUUCCUUUACAACAAUCAUUAACUACAAAACAAGCAGAUGGGGCUCGCGGGGAUUGGGGCUGUAAACGGAAUCUACCCAAGGUGAAAACAAGAUAUAUUUCCAUAAAUGAGCUGGAUAGUGUUUACAACCAAAUGGAUUUUAAGUCAAGCGCACGAUUCGUUCGCCUUUUACGAAAUUGGUUCGAUGCUGGAUUUGUACGAGAUCCGGCAGAGCAAGCAAUAGCUGAGGAGUUGGCUAAGGAUUCCAAAACAAUUGAACCAAAGAAUCGCAAUCGAUUCAGUUCUCACACUCAAAAGUCAAUUGAUUUUACUCCUAUAGAAAACCCGAAUUUCAGAAAGUUCAAUGUAGCCGGUGGCAUGCAGUAUAGCAACGUGCCUCUUAUAACUUCACAUGUUACCCCCAAUUAUGAGUCUGAUAGUGGAUACCACCAUCGCAGACUGACUGCUCAUAUCCUGAAUUCAGACGCUUCUACUGCUCAUUAUGGUUUAAGCGGUUUGGUUCUUAGAUUACCCAAAACCCGUACCGUGUCUCGCAAUAGGACUUUCCCACUUUUUUCCAGGGAAUACCGGAUUUCGUAUACUAUGUACAAAAAUGGACAACUGCGUGUUGCACCUUAUUCAGGACCUUAUCUCGGAGGCCAAGGUGUUUUUGCUUUGGAACCUGAUGAGUUGAACUCCUUUUUCUAUAAAGACCUGAAAGCGGUAGCUGAAGAGCCUGUCAUGACAGGCAGCACUGAAUAUACAAGAAAAAAUCUGGCAGUUAAUCUUGACGUUGAAGACGCAUCUGAUCCAUCACCUAAAACCUCGUCGUAAUGUUUCCUUUUAUUCCUUCAGAACUUGUAAAUUACUACCCUCUCUUUAAUUUCCCUUUCUCUACGCUGAUUUACUUGUUAGGAUUUUUUGCUAGCACAAAAUGUCAUAUCUUCCUCUCUAUUUUCCAGCUAUACCCAUGUUUUUGACCGGUUACGAUGAUGUUCCAAUUCUUUCCGGAAUCUUCAUAUGUUAUUUAUUACUUAUAAAUGGUUUUCUGCUUACGUUAUCAAUAUUUUUGAUUAGCCUUUCACUACUAUCCUUCGUUUCUACUGCAACUAAUUUUCUGAGUUUACUCAUAAUUUCAUUCAUGAGUAAACUCAAAAUAAUCUUAAUAUGUACAAGUGCAGAAUCCAAUGGGAUUGACUAUAAACACUAAUUUCAAAGUUAUUGUAUAUUAAAUAAAAUGCGAUAGAAGAAAACAAGUCUUUAAUGAGUGAAAAAAUAGGUCUAC